AUGGGCUGGAGUUCAGGUCAACCAAGAGUGAACAAUAAUGGCGGUUUCAUUUUCCGGGAGGCAUUUCAGAUGCUCACCACCACCCUCCUCACCCUUCUCCUUCCUCUCUCCUUUCUCAUUCUCGCCAGGCUAGCCAUUGCAAGAGCCGUUUCCGUCCACCCCAACAGCUCACUCUUAGUCGACCUCUUCCUUAACGCCAACUCCACUCUCCUCCACGCCCUGCUUCCAUUACUCGCGAUUGCAGCGCUCACUCACGCCUUAAAUGCCCGCCUCUCCUUUAUCAAGUCUCAGCCCGCAGAGGCGGCCGUAGUAGUCUCCGGCCCGCGCCUCUACUCAUCCUGGCUUCUGCUUUGCACCUUGCAGGUUUGUGUUGGGUUGGGGAUUGAAGGGAGCAUAGCUGCUCACGUCGUCGAUGGUUCUUCACUUCUUAAUGUUCACCGCCAGAGGAGUUUGUUAAGUAGAGCUCUGUUCUUCCUGGGGUUGCAUCAGACUAUGCUCUUCUGGUCCGAGACGGUGGUGAAGCCGGUGGUGGACGAUACCAUCUUCGGUUUCUCCAGAGAAGAUAAUAGCAGGUGGGUUGACAAGGCGGUGAUGGCGGCGAGCUUCGGCGGGUUGUGGUGGUGGAAGUUAAGGGAAGAGGUGGAGGCGCUGGUGGUUGUGGCUGAGGUUAAGAGAGAUCUAUCAAUGGGCGUUGGGGUGGCUGAUUUUGUCGGAUGGUGGUUGUAUUACCUAACUAUAACCAUUGGUAUUGUUAAGGUGGUCAAAACUGUGAUUCGGAUCCCACUCAUUUUCUUUUACAGGAGAAUACACCAGGAUGCUAGUAAUUGGAGGAUUAAUGAUAAUAAUGUCUGA